AUGCGCAGAGCGCGACCGCCAGCAACUCGAGAGACCUUUUCAGCGUCCUGGGCAACAGAGGGGUUUACCCUGGGGCCGUGUUACCCCUCCUGCUGGAUAAGAACUUACAAGGGGGUUACCAAAGGUCUACCGGGGGUUGAAGGUGCAGCAGGUGGGACCGACGUGACGGCAACCAUCAGGGCGCGCGCUUGUUACUCUUCCAAGUAUGCCGCCCACCUGGUGGUGGAGCCCCCCAACUAUCCGCCGUACAAGGAGGCGGCCACGGUGGUUGGGCCGCACCACGUGGCAAUGUUCGCGCACGGCAGGCAUGGAAAAUGGACACUUGGGCAACAGAUGCAGAUUGCCGUGCACUGCCCCGACACGGACCGCAGGGUGUUGGUGGACUCAACGGUGGUGCGCAUCAAUCCCAUCCAAGACGUUGCCAUCCUCGAGCUGCGGCUACGGCUGGCUCUGGCGUUGUUGCUGCACUGUCUACGACACAAGUCACACACAGAUCAUCUAAACUGGGGGUUCAGCAGUCCGUUGACAAGUCUUCACCAAUAG